AUGGAGCUACCCGUCUACAACACCCCCGACAAGAACAUCCUCGCAGCCGAAGCCGCUGCGAAGGAGCUGGCCCUCCUCGAAGGAGAAGAGCUACGCCGCCAGACGCAGCCGCGUAGGCUGACUCCGUGCCGGGCUGCAGCUGAGCAGACCAAGGACCCCAGGUAUGGUGCUCCCGAAGCUCCCCACGUCCGCGCUGCUGCAGGCAACAGCAAGGGCCCCCACAGGGACACGGCCGAGUCCACCUCGCCCGCGCCAAGCCGGCGCAAGGACUCUCGCGCCACGCACGCAGGUUCAAGCCGGACAAGCCGGCUGGACAGCGGCCAUAGCGGCCGCAGCCGGCCACCACCAAGCCAGAACCAGGAGCAUGACUCCGAGCAGGCGGCGCCAAGCGCCAGACACGAGGCCGGCUCCGCGAGCGAGCCGGCACUCGCCAGCCGGCACAAAAUUGGCUCAACCCGGCAAGCCAUUCCGCCGGGUGUCGCCUUGGCGGUUCUCAAGAAGCCGUCCAUCACACCGUCACCGGACUCGGAUUCAAUAUUCGUGCCGGCUGACCCGGGGGCUGCUCAGCCGAACCCGGGGGCCUCAUCGCCCAAGUCGGGGGCUUCAAAGCCAAAUCCGCCGGCUACCAUGCCGAACCCGGGGACUUCUCAGUCCAACCCGGGGGCUUCAUCGCCAAACUCGGGGGCUAGCAAGCCGAACCCGCCGGCUAGCAAGCCGAACCCGGCGACCACGCGGUCGAAUCCGGAAGCUCCCACGCAGGAGGCCCUGUUGGUCAGCGUAUUCGAGAUAAGAUGCGUACCUUCAUGGGCACAAGAAUUCCUCUCCUACCUCACCGACGGUGUGCUGCCUGAUGAUAGUGUCCAGGCCAGGCAGAAUGAGAGAAGGGCCAAGGCCUAUACAAUCAUCAACCACCAGCUGUACAAACGCAGCGUAAGUGGGGUGUUCCAGCGGUGCGUCGAGCCGGCUGAAGGGAUUGAACUCCUACGGGAAAUCCAUCAAGGAGAGUGCGGACAUCACGCCUCAUCCAGAGCCAUAGUGGCCAAAGCUUUCCAGCACGGCUUUUACUGGCCGACUGCGCUCAGAGACGCAGAAGAGCUGGUGAAAAAGUGCAACGGCUGCCAGCGCUUCGCAAAGAAGAGGCACCUGCCGGCUUCCGCCUUGAAAACCAUCCCCAUCACAUGGCCGUUUGCCGUAUGGGGC